AGUUAUCAUGAUUGCAAUAAUACAUAUCUACUUUGUUACUAUGCAGUAGUAACUGACAGUAUUUUAAGGUGUGCCACUUGUGCAUAUGCUCGCUAAAUAAAUUAACAUCUACACAACCAAAAUUUUACUUAAAUUGAAAAAAACUGCACAACUACUAUGAUUUUACUGAAUUUGUCUGCAAUUUUGAUAAUUGGCGUAACGAUCGCCCAAGGUCAAGAACCCGUCCGUCCGUACAUGGGCUGGUCAUCAUGGUCUCUUCAAGCUACAACGAUGCCGGGUCACGGCCUCUCUUGGCUCAAGGAGGACAACGUUCUCCGCCAAAUCGACGUCAUGUCUUCGACCCUACUGGAAUUUGGGUACAACCACAUAAACAUAGAUUCCGGUUGGAAUGCUGACUUCAACUGGAACGCUGGAUUCGACCUGAGCGGUCGUCCUAUUCCGAAUGGUGACCGUUUUCCCCGAGGAAUCGACUUUGUUGCAAAUUAUGCGCACGAGAGGGGAUUAAAGUUAGGAAUCUAUGCCCCUGUCGGACUCCCGAUGGGGGUUUUUGGGUCGGAUCAAGACAACAAGAUUAACUUUGACGUUUCCGGACCUUCCGGAAACUGUACCGGGUUUGAUUUAGUUUACCCCGAUUUUAGAUCGACGAAUGGCUGGGAUUCUUCGUACAAGAUGGAUUUCGACAAUCCCUGCGCGCAAGAGUUUAUUGAUUCUAUUGCCGAGUUGUUUGUUUCUUGGGGGAUUGAUUUCUUCAAGUUGGACGGGGUUGGACCGGGAAGUUGAAAAAAUGGGUCAAAUUAUGAUAAUCGGUAGGAUAAAAAAUAUUAUCUUAAAAAUAUCUCGGGUAAGUGGGGAAUUCCAUUGAUGCUACAGAUUGUGGACAGUAGGGUAUGUAAGCCCGGGUUUUUGGGGUAGGUAUUGGGGGUCUUGGUGGGCUUUGGGGUAGCAAAUUUUACCAUAUCCACGGGUAGUCAGGGUAGUCGGGGUUUUUACAUUUAAUAGGAGAUGGCAAGAACGCAUUACUAACAAUUCUACAAACUAAUUAGUCAUUCAAAUUGAAUUAAUAAGCGGAUUUUUUGCGACAUUACUAAAAAAAACAAUGCCUUGUGCUACUUAAUACACGAGACAUUGACUCAGUUGACCCACAAAACCACGAGAACUCCGACUACCCGCCAAACCCAGGUCAAACCAUUGGGUAUACGUUUUCAAGCACAAAAAUCAUGAGGUUUCCCUUACCCUGUGGGAGGGGUAACCAAUUCACAUGACUUACGUACUGCCUACAAAUAAUCAAUAAAUUUUUGUAAAU